AUGGGUGGUAAUUUCAGAAAUAGCCCCAACAAGAUAACCACCACCAUCACCUCGCUCAAGACCCUUUUUGAUAUUGAUUCUUCAAACAAACAUACUCAUCAUCCACCAGGACCAGGACGAGCCCCUAAUAAACUACAGCUGGGUGCAGGUUUUGGAGACGAAAAUGACGAAAUGCUUUCCCUCAUUGCUUAUUGUUCCUUCACCUACACUUGGAUUGAUCCUCGGGAUUCUCCUUCGCUCCAGGAUCUCAAGCGCCUCAAGCUCAUUCAGCUCUUUUCCCUCAUAAGAAUCCACAAAAACCCUUUGGACCCUCAAAUAAUUCUCCCUCCCCUUUUCAUUAUGUUGUCCGCCAAUCUGUUUAGGCCUCUCCCUCCUCCCAAUAACCCCCUCUCCGCCACUACUAUCUUGCCUGACGACGACGACAACUUCAUGCUCAAUCCUGCCAAGGCAUGGUCGCAUUUGCAGAUCAUAUACGACAUACUCCUCCGGGUCAUCAUAACCACACAGCCUGAGGAGCUUCGUGCACCAGGUUUUAUAGAUCAUUCUUUCCUUCACAAUCUUCUGGUCCUUUUCCAGUCGGAUGACCCUAGAGAGCGGGAGAGCUUGAAAAAUGUGUUCCACCGUAUAUACUCCAAGUUCACAUUCUACAGAUCAUUCAUGCGUAAGGCAAUGAACGAUGUGUUUUUGCACUACAUUUUCGAAACGGAACAGAGGCAUCCGGGAAUAGGAGAGCUGCUAGAGAUCUGGGGAACCAUCAUCAACGGUUUCAGCGUCCCGCUAAAGGAUGAGCACAAGCUUUUCUUUACAAGAGUUCUCAUCCCACUGCACAGACCCAAAGGCAUGCAGGCAUAUCACAAGCAGUUGGCUUAUUGUGUGUUCCAGUUUGUGCAAAAGGAAGCAGAGCUUGCAGGGGUGGUAGUUAGAGGCAUAUUAAAGUACUGGCCACUCACCAAUUGCCACAAGGAAAUUGUGCUGAUUGGGGAAUUGGAAGAAUUGGUAGAGACUCUGCUGCAACCUUCUCAGUACAGGACCUUGGCUCUUCCUCUCUGCACCCAAAUCACCAAGUGUCUCAACAGUUGGAAUUCUCAGGUUGCUGAGCGUGCGCUGUACGUAUGGAACAGCGAGAAAUUUUGGAGGAUGGCAGCAGAAUCAAUGGAACAAGUGUUCCCCAUACUAGUCCGGGGCUUGGAGGAUAAUCUGAAAGGGCACUGGAGCACAAGUGUGAAGGAGCUCACACAAAAUGUCAAACGCAUGCUUCAGGAGCUGGACCCCUGCUUAUACACCAACUGCCUUCUGCACCUUGAAAUCCAACAAACUCUUCUUCACCAACAACACAUUUCUAGACGACACAAGUGGAACACAAUUGAAGAAAAGGCCGCAGCCAACACUCAACUAUUGCCUGCAACUGCAAUCAACACCCUGCCCAUGCUCUGUUAA